GAGAGACAGACCCAAGAAAAUGCAAAUCCCCUGAAACGGGUCGGGUUCGGAUCGAAGAAAAUCGAGAAAGACGACUGCUCCGGAGCGUCUCCGCAAAGCUUACUCCUCAACGGCAAUGGCAAUGGCGCACUGCGUACUCUCUAAUUUGCAGGCAAAUUCUCUGAAAUAAAUUUCACCCAAAAUGUCCUGUUAAGCACAACACCUUUCCACAUUCAUCAUUCAUGUUUUCGAAAAAUCAGACUCAAAAGAUCGGAUCUUUUGUCGCUCCUCCGUUGAUGACCGCCGAUUGCAAAUUCAUUAAAUCUUUCCGCAGGAUUAGCUGAGGGUUUCCAUAAAAUGGAGAACGAACAUCACAGGUCCGUUUCUUCACGGGCAGCCCGAAGAAAUCAGACCCACCAAACCAAACAUGAGGAAGAAGGGUUGCUGCCCGGUGGGAAAUUGUCGCAGGAGUGUUCGAUGAGGGUUCUAUGGAAAAAGGGUUUCAUUCGAUUGGUUCUUGCUGGAGGGAUUAUUUGGAUGUUGUUAAUACUCACUGCUUUGAUUUUCCACAUUUUGUCUUGCCAAUCUUCCUAUGCAUUUUUUGCAGCUCUUUGUAACAAAAAUAGCAGAGUUAAUGGCAUGUUGAACACGAUGGGACUUGUGACACCCCCACACCGUUGCCAGAUCCCUGUUGCUGAUGAUCCAAACAAAAUAGUCAUUCCGGAUACACGAACACCUGAUAAAAUGGUCAAGACACUGUCUUACGUUAUGAAAGACAAUGAUGCAACCAAUAAAUCUAAAUCUCCUCCUCUCUUUGGUGGGCACGAGAACUGGAAGCAAAGGGAAGAAAGCUUCAAAAUCAAGCCGGUCAUGAAGGUGCAUUGUGGAUUUGUUCAAGGUGGGGGCGAUGAAAUGGAUCCAAAAGACAUCGAAUAUGUGAAGAAAUGCCGAUUUGUCGUUGCAUCGGGUAUCUUUGAUGCUUAUGACACUCCUAACCAACCAUCCAAUGUUAGCAAGCGAUCACAGACUUUGUUUUGUUUCCUAAUGGUUGUCGAUCAAGUGUCUCUUAAUUUCAUCAAGCAUAAUGUUAGUGUCAGAGAGGAUAACGACGGUGGGCAGUGGGUAGGUAUUUGGCGCUUGAUUCUACUCAAAAAUCAGCCUUACGAUGAGCCCAGAAGAAACGGGAAGGUCCCAAAGAUAUUAAUGCAUAGGUUGUUCCCUCAAGCCCAGUACAGCAUUUGGAUCGACGGCAAAAUGGAGCUUAUUGUGGAUCCUCUGCUUCUAUUGGAGAGGUAUUUAUGGCGCGGGAAGUACACAUUUGCAAUAGCACAGCAUAAGCACCACAGGAGUAUAUACGAAGAGGCUGAUUCAAACAAACGGAGAAAGCGUUACGCUCGCCCCCUAAUCGAUCUACACAUGAAAAUAUAUUCUUACGAGGGAAUGAAGCCUUGGGGUCCUCAUAAAAAGACCGCGAGUGAUGUUCCGGAAGGCGCGAUUAUAAUCCGCGAGCAUACUGCAAUGAAUAAUUUGUUCAGUUGCUUAUGGUUCAACGAGGUCGACCUCUUCACGCCCAGGGAUCAGCUGAGCUUUGGAUACGUCGUCUACAGAUUGGGAGACGCAUUUGAGUUCUUCAUGUUUCCGAAUUGCGAAUACAAUUCGAUCUUCAUAUUGCACCCUCACACUCGGGAGCACUCGUCCAAAAUCGAAUGGGCGAAAACCUUGGCCGAGUUCAAGAAACAUCCUGAAUUGAAAGAAAGCCGAGGAGGAUUAGCCCUAUGGGAUCGUUAUCCCGGGAAUCUUGACACGGUUGUAUUGCCACCCGUUGCGAGAACAUCAAAAGCCGGAUAAACCAGAUGCUGCGGCCUCUGAAAGACGGGGAUGGCACUCAGUUCGACAGUAGUGGAUGUAUCUGCACCACAAAACAGCAUCAAGAGAAAUGCAUCCAACAUCAUUGUACUUCAUCGAUAUGGAGCUUCUACAGACCUUUUCAACCAG